GCUAAAAAAGCAGAAUGUACUGCUUAUUUUCUAGCACGAGUUCUGAAUGGAUGCAUCCAGUGGACUCAACAGUUGUGUCAACAAUCGAACCUGAUUGGUUCUUACUUUUAGAAUCAACAAAUCAACGUCGAGUGUUGACAAGACGAUGCUCAACAACUCAAUUGUUGAGUCUGCUGAAUGCGCUCUAUCUUUCUACUGUUAUCUCGAAAAGUUCUUCGAAAAGGUUAAUAUUUGGUAAAUAACCUAUGAUAAUCCUUGUAAUACAAUCAUCACGUCAUUGACUUGAUAUUUACCAAGUAUUGAAUUAUUUAUGUAAAUUUCAUGGCUUUUUCACAAUCGAAUUCUAGAGAAUUGCAAAAUAGAAAGAUCUUAGAAGAGCUACAGUUGAAAAAGCAGAUGCUAUUAAAGCAAGGAGUUGCACCCACUUUAAAUUCAUCAUUGGGCGUUUCGUCAACCGGUUCUGCAUCAAAUGUACCUGCAAUACAAUCUAAUGAUGGUGUAGCGAUGAGUGCAUCUCAAAGAGCAGCUUUGCACAAUGCACAUGCAGCCUCAUUCGGUUACUUUGUGACACAGGACUCUUCCUUCGGAAAUCUAAUAUUACCAGUUCUCCCUAGAUUUGAUAUCUUUGAGGAGAUAAUGGCUAGUCUUCGACUUCGUCAAUUAGAAGAGUUUCUUCAACAAAUGGAUGUGUUUGAAAACCCAAAAAUCUUGCUCGAGCAAUAUGCCACUAGCGCACAUAUUGCCUCACACAUGUUGUACACUGCACAAUCGCAGUUUAACGAUAUAGAAGGUAAAAGCAUAGCAGAUUUAGGCUCUGGAUGCGGUAUAUUGUCACUGGGUGCCAAAAUGCUUGGUGCUGAAUAUGUAGUUGGGUUCGAGAUAGAUUCAGAUGCAAUUGAUAUACAAUAUAGAAAUUGCACCGACAUAGAACUCUUUAUCGAAGUUAUUCAAUGCGAUAUUCUGCAAUAUUUACCAGGAAAAUAUGAGAAGUUCUUUGAUACUGUUAUAAUGAACCCACCUUUUGGCACUAAAAAAAAUGCCGGCAUCGACAUGAAAUUUCUCGAAGUGGCAAUGAAACUUUCGUCUAAUGCGAUUUAUUCGUUGCACAAGAGCAGCACGCGAGAUUACGUUCUCUCGAAGGCGGCACAGCUCGGCGCAGAAGGAAAGGUGAUAGCCGAACUUAAAUACGAUCUGCCGAGGGCUUACAAGUUCCACAAAAAAGCUUCCGUCGACAUACAGGUGGAUUUUAUAAGAUUUGAAUUGAAGCGCUGAUCUUUUCCUCUGAGAUCAACGCCCGUUCAAUUUAUUCGAACUUGAUGCCCUGAGCCAGAGGAAGUUCGUUUC